AUGCCGAGCAGUCCGAUGGCGGCAGCAGUUGCCUACGGCACGACCCCUGGGCCCCAGCACGCCAGCCGCCCGAACCUGGCGCCGCUUCCCCAGCUGGCCGACUCGCUGGCACCUCUCGCUGGCCCUGUCGACGGCAGGCCGGACCGCUUGCUGCCUUCUCCUUCGUCCACGAGGCUGGACGGCGGCAAGGCUCGACCGAAUGACAAUCGCCCGCUCUCGAAUCGCCUUUGA